UUCAGUCGGACUGCCAGCCAGCGUCUCUGCAGUGUCUGUCCAACAAACUUCACUCAUCAUGAGGGAAAUUGUGCACAUCCAGGCCGGCCAGUGCGGAAACCAGAUUGGUGCAAAGUUCUGGGAGGUGAUCAGUGACGAGCACGGCAUCGACCCGACAGGAACCUACCACGGAGACAGCGACCUGCAGCUGGACCGCAUCAGCGUGUAUUAUAACGAAGCCACCGGUGGGAAGUAUGUUCCCAGAGCCAUACUGGUCGACCUGGAGCCAGGCACCAUGGACUCGGUGCGUUCUGGACCGUUUGGACAAAUCUUCAGACCAGAUAACUUUGUGUUUGGCCAGAGCGGGGCAGGAAACAACUGGGCCAAAGGUCACUACACGGAGGGCGCCGAGCUGGUGGACUCGGUCCUGGACGUGGUGAGGAAGGAGGCGGAGAGCUGCGAGUGUCUGCAGGGCUUCCAGCUCACACACUCGCUGGGGGGCGGCACCGGCUCCGGCAUGGGAACCCUGCUGAUCAGCAAGAUCCGGGAGGAGUACCCCGACCGCAUCAUGAACACCUUCAGCGUGGUUCCCUCCCCCAAGGUCUCGGACACGGUGGUGGAGCCGUACAACGCCACGCUGUCGGUGCACCAGCUGGUGGAGAACACCGACGAGACCUACUGCAUCGACAACGAGGCGCUCUACGACAUCUGCUUCCGCACCCUCAAGCUGACCACGCCCACCUACGGGGACCUCAACCACCUGGUGUCGGCCACCAUGAGCGGCGUCACCACCUGCCUGCGCUUCCCCGGCCAGCUCAACGCCGACCUGCGGAAGCUGGCCGUCAACAUGGUGCCCUUCCCCCGCCUGCACUUCUUCAUGCCCGGCUUCGCCCCGCUGACCAGCCGCGGCAGCCAGCAGUACCGCGCCCUGACCGUGCCCGAGCUCACCCAGCAGGUGUUCGACGCCAAGAACAUGAUGGCGGCCUGCGACCCCCGCCACGGCCGCUACCUGACGGUGGCCGCCGUGUUCCGCGGCCGCAUGUCCAUGAAGGAGGUGGACGAGCAGAUGCUCAACGUGCAGAACAAGAACAGCAGCUACUUCGUGGAGUGGAUCCCCAACAACGUGAAGACGGCCGUGUGCGACAUCCCGCCGCGCGGCCUCAAGAUGGCCGUCACCUUCAUCGGGAACAGCACGGCCAUCCAGGAGCUGUUCAAGCGCAUCUCCGAGCAGUUCACCGCCAUGUUCCGCCGCAAGGCCUUCCUGCACUGGUACACCGGCGAGGGCAUGGACGAGAUGGAGUUCACCGAGGCCGAGAGCAACAUGAACGACCUGGUGUCCGAGUACCAGCAGUACCAGGACGCCACCGCCGAGGAGGAGGGCGAGUUCGAGGAGGAGGUGGAGGACGACGCCUGAGGCAGAUGAAGCCGCAACGAAACGGAGGAGCAGCAGCAGCAGGGGUCAAAGUGACGAUCAAAUCAAACUUUAUAACACGCUUUUCAUGUUAAAAAAAAAAAAAACAGCACAAAGUGCUUGACAGUAUUAACAAUAUUUACAGUACUGUAAAUACUUUACAGUACUU